AUGAGCGCAGGGCCGUUGCAAGCUGCGCCAAAGAAGAAUUACGGAGCACUGAUAGGCGCGGGGCCGGCGGUGGGCGGGGCGGCAUUCAACCGGACGCUGAGCGAGGUUGCGAGCUACGAGCGCAGCCGGCGCGACCACGCGACGCCGGACUACCGGAUCAAGAUCGUGGUGGUGGGGGACGGCGCGACGGGGAAGACGUCUCUGCUGAUGUCGUACACACAGGGCCAGUUCCCAGAGGACUACGUGCCGACCAUCUUCGAGAACUACGUGACGAACAUUGAGGGCCCACGCGGGAAGGUGAUCGAGCUGGCGCUGUGGGACACUGCUGGGCAGGAGGAGUACAGCCGGCUGCGGCCGCUGUCUUACGGGGACGUGGACAUCGUGAUGGUGUGCUACGCGGCAGACAACCGCACGUCGCUGACGAACGCGGAAGAGCUGUGGUUCCCGGAGGUGCGCCACUUCUGCCCGCACGCGCCGAUGAUGCUGGUGGGGCUCAAGAGCGACCUGUACUCGCUUGAUGCGCUGGACCGGCUCGUGGACCCGACGGACGCGGAACUGGUGGCGCGCAAGAUGGGCGCCUUCGUGCACCUGCAGUGCUCGGCCAAGACGCGACAGUGCCUGGAGGACGUGUUCAACACGGCGAUACACACGGCGCUGUACGACGAGCUGCGCGCGCCCCCGCAGCGCGGGGUGAAGGGCAUGUUCAAGAAGAAGCAGCAGCGGGACCCGCAGGCGCAGUCUUACAAGCGGGUGCGCAAGCACCGCUGUGUGGUCCUAUAG